CAUAAGGUCCAUUCCAUUACUCUUGUAUGGCGUGGUUAUACAUUACGUAGAAUAUAAAUAUCAUUCGAUUAUGCAGAAAAUUCAAUAAUAAUAAUAUAUACAUUUUUAUCAGAGUGUCAACAAGAUAAGAUUCACUAAAGCAUCUCCAUCGAAUACGAGUCUCAUUAGUCUCAGUUGUAGCUUAGGAGAGAGAUCUGACCAUUAUGUGAACUUUGUAAUUAUUCAUGGCAUCCUACAGUAUGGAAAAAUAAUUUCGUAUACUUUACUCGUUAUAUUUACAAUAUUGUAGCAUUUUAAGAAGCCUGUUACAAACUGGAAUUGAUGUCAGUUAGUUGAAAGAGUUGAAUUUGUGAUGAGAUGAGAUUUGGAUAAAAAGUUAAAAUAUAUUUAAAUUUUAUAUCGUUAAUAUAUUAGCUCAACUGAUUUAAUAAUAAAUCUAGUGGUGUACACAAAAUUCAAGAAAUCCUCCUCCUUGUUUGAACCAUUCAUUUCUUGUUGGCAGUAGUUCGAGUUUCUUGGUGGGGGAGCAGAUGGACGGGGCAAAUGUAUUGGCGAAAGCGUUGAAAAACCAGGGGGUCGAAUAUGCUUAUGGGGUAGUAGGCAUACCUGUCAUCGAGACGUCCAUGGCUUUUCAGCAACAUGGGAUAAAAUACAUUGGGAUGCGAAAUGAACAAGCUGCAGCAUAUGCGGCUCAAGCCACCGGAUUCUUGACACGUACUCCUGGGGUGUGUUUAGUCGUUUCUGGACCCGGUGCGAUCCAUGCUCUCGGUGGUCUAGCAAACGCUCAGUCAAACUGCUGGCCAAUGCUUCUUGUUGGUGGUGCUUGCGACCGACCUCAAGAAGAAUUAGGUGCCUUCCAAGAGACACGUCAAGUCGAAGCAGCGAGAAUGUUCUGCAAGUUUGCGGCUCGACCCAACUCUGUCGAACGAAUUCCAACAUACGUUGAGAAAGCCAUACGAUUUGCUACUUAUGGCCGACCAGGAGCUGCAUAUUUGGACUUUCCUGGGGACCUUCUCAAUUCCUCGUCAAAUAUUCUCGAUAUCGACCAAGUUGCCAAACUCCCCCCUCCACCACAGUCGCUCGCCCCACAAGAAAAGAUUAAGGAAGCCAUCCAACUUCUCAAAGAAGCACGAAACCCUCUCCUCGUGGUUGGGAAAGGAGUCGCUUACGGAAGGGCGGAGAAGGUCAUGAAUGAAUUUAUCACCGAAACAAAUCUCCCCUUCCUUCCCACCGCCAUGGGAAAAGGAGUAAUCCCUGAUGAUCACCCCAACUGCGUUUCAUCCGCACGAUCCCUAGCGUUACAGCAGGCCGAUGUCGUACUACUCUUAGGGGCAAGGCUGAAUUGGAUGCUCCAUUUUGGAAAAUUCCCCCGAUUCCGGCCCGACGUUAAGAUAAUUCAGGUUGACGUCGAACCGGAAGAAUUCCACCAGAGCGUGGCAACCAGCGUCCCACUUUUGGGCGAUGUUGGGAAAAUCACUGAGCAGCUUUUGGAGGGGAGCAAAGUGGGUGGACUCAAAUAUGCGAAGAGUACGCCAUGGUGGGACUCUAUUAAUGAAAAGAGAGACAAGAAUAGAAAAGCCGUGGAUGCCUUCAUUGCAGAUAAUUCCAAACCUUUGAACUACUAUGCAGCUCUCAAUUCUGUGUACAAUGUUAUUCCCAAAAAUUCCAUUAUUGUCAAUGAAGGGGCAAACACGAUGGAUAUUGGACGAAGUGUUCUGCUAAAUAGAGAACCCAGAACUCGACUGGAUGCUGGAACAUACGGAACCAUGGGAGUCGGACUUGGAUAUGCGAUUGCUGCAGCACUGCACUGUCAAGAUGAAGGGCUGGGUCGUAGAGUAGUUUGUGUUCAGGGUGACUCUGCUUUCGGGUUUGGAGGAAUGGAAAUUGAAACUUGCUUCCGAUACAAGUUGCCCAUCAUUUGUGUAAUUAUUAACAACAAUGGAAUUUAUGGGGGACUGGAGCCAGAUGUGUGGGAUAAUAUUAGGGACGCGGGAAAUCUAGGAACAACAACUAUUCCAAACGGCUUGACACCCCGCUUCCGGUACGAGAAGAUGGCCGAGAUGGCUGGUGGCAAGGGUUAUUUCUGUGAAAGUACUGACGAAAUUCAAGCAGCCGUAAAAGCAGCUUUAGAGGACAAAGAGAGACCUACAAUCAUUAACGUGAUGAUAAACACAAGUGCAGCACGAAAGCAGCAAGACUUUGACUGGUUGACGCGAGCAAAGCUUUAAUAAAAUGCGAUACGCCAUUCGAUAACCACACCUCGUCACAACAGACUUAUCUAUAAGACUAUAAUUACAGAAGGAUAUUUUCAUAGUUACAUUGUUAUAAUAAUGAAACCAACCAUGCCAAUAUUAUUUGACACUUUGUCAUUCUAUAUUCUUUGUCAUUUCUAUGGGGCACCGCCCAUAGAAACGAUGUCAGUUAAUCGUGCAACCAUGCAUGAUAAUUUAUAAGGGUACAAAAAUGAUUAAAAAAAAUUGUUACAUCUGA